AUGACUAUUGUCCGUCAGACCGAACACCCAGUGGAGGUCCAUGAUACCGGCCUCCCACAGAACAACUGGAGUACACCCGGUCGAGCCGCAUACGACUUCCGGUCUGAUUUUGUUACCUCCCCAAAUAUGAGCAUGCUCGAAUCCAUCGUCAACACAACACUUCUCGACGAUGAGAUGAUGGAGGAUCCAACCACUAACUAUUUCCAGGAGUGGAUGGCUCAGUUGACAGGCCAUGAAAGGGCGCUCCUUACUUAUUCGGGAACUAUGAGCAACCAGGUGGCACUCCGGACGGCUCUCACCACCCCACCAUACUCCAUCCUUGCAGACCAUCGCAGCCAUAUCCUGAACAUGGAGGCAGGUGGGGCAGCGACUGUUUGUGGCGCUCUAAUCCACGGUGUCAUCCCAGCAAAUGGCCAUCAUUUGACGCUGGAAGACAUCAAGAAGCACUUUGUCUUCAAGAAAGAUAUCUAUGACUGCCCCACUCGCGUUAUAAGCCUCGAGAACACCCUCUUCGGAACGAUUAUGCCCCUUGACGAAAUCCGAGAUAUCUCAUUGUGGGCUAAGACCCAAGACCCACCGGUUCACAUGCAUCUCGAUGGAGCAAGACUUUGGGAGGCCGUCGCUGCAGGUGCAGGUGCUCUUAGUGAGUUUUGUGCCUGCUUUGACAGCGUUUCGCUGUGCUUCACCAAGGGUCUGGGAGCACCCAUCGGAUCUGUGAUUGUAGGAAACACAGAAUUCAUCACAAGGGCAAGGUGGAUGCGUAAGCUGCUCGGUGGUGGACUGCGCCAAACAGGGAUCAUUUCGGCGCCGAUGUGCGUUGCACUCGAGGAAGUGUUCUUAGGGGGCAAGCUGAAACGGUGUCAAGAGAGAGCGAAAUAUAUCUCUACAAUGUGGGAACGUCUAGGUGGGUCUUUGCUAAGACCCACAGAGACAAACAUGAUGUGGAUGAACCUGAACGAUGGAAAUGUCGACAAGAAAGCAUUCCAAAAAGUAGCAAAAGAGCUAGGGCUCAAGGUGCACGAGAAAGAGCGCUUAGAAGGACGGUUGGUAGUGCAUUAUCAGAUAUCUGAUGACGCCAUCAAGAAGUUGGAAAUUGCGAUGAGGGCUGCAUUGAGUUGUUGA